AUGGCGAUCGCGAACCCACUCCUCAACUUUGUCGUUCGCGGCUUCCAGGCUCUUUUCGGUAUUGUCGUACUCGGAAUAUCCGUCUCACUCAUUCGCGGUCACCACUGGGGUGGUCUCCCCGCUAGUCUGGGCUUCUCAGCCUUUGUCGGUGGCGUCACGAUUCUAGGAGCAGCGCUUGGAGUCGCGGGACUGUUCUUCAGCUUCUUGGAUGGUAUGAUUGGAUUGAUAGUCGACGGCGUUGUUGCUGUCAUCAACGCGGCAGGUGGCAUCAUUAAGGUUCUCGCUCUCAAGAUCUCUGGUGUGGAUUGCGAUGCCGACACAAGUUUCGAGAACGCGGCCAAACUCAUUUUCAACGACAUCUUCAAUGGCGGCUGCAGAGCCGACGACGAUUGCUGGUACUGGCACCUGGAAAACGACCGCAACACCAUGAAAUCGAGGUGCAGGUCGACCCAAGCCGACUGCGUCUUCAUGUUCCUUACCGUCAUUGUCCUCGCGGUGACUGCCUUGCUGGCUUUCUUGCGCAUGAAGAAGGGCUACUAG